GUCUAGACUACAGCUCUGAGCGGACUAAAUCGGUAAAGCCGUAAUACUGUGAUGUCUAGAGCGUGGAUUACCUUUCUCGCGGCAUUUGCCGUUGCGCUGCUACUUGGUGUAUUUUAUACACUCAUUCACAGUAAAACAAGCUCUCCUAUCGUAUCUACUUACUUGACAAACUCGAACCUACGGGUUUUGAAGUCCUCGAAUGACACCAACACUGCUGAUUCGGUCGUGGAGAUAAAUACGAAAGAAAUUAACUGGAAAGAAAUCCCUCGCCUGCCAUCGCCUCCAAAAGGAGAAUUUCACGACAAAUGGAUAGUUUUGACCACCAUUAAUAGUCCUACAGCAGAUGUGAAGAAGUUGGCAGGUAUAAAAGGCUGGAAAGUUGUAGUUGUGGGUGAUACUAAAACGCCGGCAGAUUGGAGUCAUCCAAACUGCAUUUUCUUGAGUGUGGAAAAACAAAAGUCAUUGGGAUAUGGUAUUCAUGAUUUACUGCCUUAUAAGAGUUAUGCCCGUAAGAACAUUGGUUACCUGUAUGCGAUCCAACGUGGAGCAAAAAUAAUUUAUGAAACAGAUGAUGAAAACUCGCCCACAAGUGGAGAAAUUACUUUCCACCAGCAAGAAACUGGUGAUUUCUUGGUGUACAAGACUGAUUCUGUUGUGAUAAAUCCUUAUGAACACUUUGGACAGAGUACUAUUUGGCCCAGAGGGUAUCCUUUGGAACACAUUGCCGAUCCCCCAUCACACAGGUUUGUGAAAUGCCCAGGGGUGGACACAGCUAUACAGCAGGGUGUUGUUAAUGGUGACCCAGAUGUGGAUGCCAUCUUUCGUCUAACAAGGAAGGACCAAGGAGUGGACUUAAAAGUGGAGUUUGAUGCAGAUGCCCCUCCUGUUGUUCUCCCUCCAUACAGCAUGGCCCCUUUUAACUCACAGAACACACUGUUCUUGAAUAAAGCCUUAUGGGGCAUGUUGCUACCAAUCACAGUGGCAUUUCGAGUCUGCGAUAUCUGGCGUGGUUACUGGGCACAGCGGUUGCUUUGGGAUGUUGGAUCUCAGCUGUCAUUUUUCCCGCCAAAUGCUGUUCAGUUUCGAAAUGCACACAACUAUCUUGACGAUUUGAUAGAUGAGAAAAUGCUUUACCAUGAUGCUGGACGCUUCGUGGAGUUCUUGGUUAAAUGGAAAUCUGACAAAAAGGAUUUCUUCAGCAGAGUUCUGGACCUGAGCAUAGCAAUGGUUCAAGAAGGCUUCUGGGAGGCAAAGGAUGCCACAUUAACAGAAGCUUGGCUAACUGACUUAAUAAGGGUUGGGUAUGAAAUGCCAGCCAUUCCCACUGAACCAAAGCCUUGCCUGAGACAUACAGAGGGUGGGGAAACAUUACUGUUCUUCAAAGAAAAACCAUCCUCAUAUUUAAGGGCAGGUAAAGAGUUGAAGUAUAUAUUAGAGCAAAAAACAGGGUCAGCUUUUUUCUAUAGGGAAAAGAGGGGUUGAUAUGUUUGGGAAACCUUACAUGUUGAUGCACGACUCUAGAUCUCAAACUUUUGUUAUUAUUAUUAUUAUUAUUAUUAUUAUUAUUAUUAUUGUUAUUAUUAUUAUUAUUAUUAUUAUUAUUAUUAUUGAUAGUAUACUCCUUAUCUUCCUCAUUGUUGUGGUUAUGUGGUUAUCAGCUCUUUCUAGUGCCAAGGGGGUUCUUGAAGGAUUAUUUACGUCAUGUCUAGGCUCCCUUCUUGAGCUGUGAGCCACAACAUCUUCAUUAGUUUUUGAGCUGUUUUGUGUCUGGUGGACUGUUCUGCCCAUCAGAGAUUAAGCAAUUACACUGUGUUAGUUAAGGUUGAGCAUGAUAUCAUGAAUUACGGUAAAAACCCGUAAGUAAGAACCUAACAAUUAAGAACCUGUUAGCCUAAAAUUUGCCAUUUAUACCCCCUAUAAACAAGAACCUAUUUAGCCUAAGAAAAUUA